CGGGGCGGGCGCUCCGGCGGCGGCAGCGGCGGCGGCGGCGGCGGGAGUCGCUGCUGAGCGGCCGCGGGGUCGGUCGCGUCCGCUCUGCUCCGCGGGGCCGGCGGCGCGUGGCGCCCGGCUGGGAAGGCGAGCGGGACGGUCCCCGCCCGGCGCGGUGGGAGGCGCGGGGGAGCCCAGGAUGCUGGGGAGGCGGCGCGGCGGCUCCUCGCUCGUCCCAGAUGUUGAUCAUCUUUCUGAAGUAGACUCUUCAUGGCCUGAAUAUUUUCUGAAAAUCAUUUGAGUGAAAUAUCUCUCUAAAUACCAAGGUAACAACAUCAAGAUGGUUGGAAAACUGAAGCAGAACUUACUCUUGGCCUGUCUGGUGAUUAGCUCAGUGACCGUGUUCUACUUGGGCCAACAUGCCAUGGAAUGCCAUCACCGAAUAGAAGAACGGAGCCAGCCCCUCAGAUUGGAGAGCACAAGGACAACGGUGCGAACCAACCUGGACAUCAAAGCCAACACAACUCUUGCCUAUCACAAAGAUAUGCCUUUAAUCUUUAUUGGAGGUGUGCCUCGGAGUGGAACCACGCUCAUGAGAGCCAUGUUAGAUGCACAUCCUGACAUUCGCUGUGGAGAGGAAACCAGGGUCAUUCCCCGGAUCCUGGCCCUGAAGCAAAUGUGGUCACGGUCCAGUAAAGAGAAAAUACGGUUGGAUGAGGCUGGUGUCACCGAUGAUGUGCUGGAUUCUGCCAUGCAAGCCUUUCUACUAGAAAUCAUUGUGAAGCAUGGGGAACCAGCUCCGUACUUAUGUAAUAAAGAUCCUUUCGCCCUGAAAUCCCUAACCUACCUUGCUAGGUUAUUCCCCAAUGCCAAAUUUCUCCUCAUGGUCCGAGAUGGACGAGCAUCAGUACAUUCAAUGAUUUCUCGGAAAGUUACGAUAGCUGGGUUUGACUUAAACAGCUAUAGGGAUUGUUUGACCAAGUGGAAUCGUGCUAUAGAGACCAUGUAUAACCAGUGUAUGGAGGUUGGUUAUAAAAAAUGCAUGUUAGUUCACUAUGAACAGCUUGUCUUGCAUCCUGAACGGUGGAUGAGAACACUCUUAAAGUUCCUCCAUAUUCCAUGGAACCAUUCAGUAUUACACCAUGAAGAGAUGAUUGGGAAAGCUGGGGGAGUGUCCCUGUCAAAAGUGGAGAGAUCUACUGACCAGGUCAUCAAGCCAGUCAAUGUGGCAGCUCUAUCCAAAUGGGUCGGGAAGAUACCAUCAGAUGUUCUACAAGAUAUGGCAGCGAUUGCACCCAUGCUUGCCAAACUGGGAUAUGACCCAUAUGCCAAUCCACCUAACUAUGGAAAACCUGAUCCCAAAAUCCUUGAAAACACCAGAAGGGUCUAUAAAGGAGAAUUUCAACUACCUGAAUUUCUUAAAGAAAAACCUCAGACUGAGCAAGUGGAGUAGCAGAGCCAGGAACCUCUUUCAUAUAUGAGAGAAGACCAGCACCUUGGCACAGAGGACAGAUUUCGCGGCCUGGCUCCCUUCCCAGCUCAGCGGAGUGUGUGCGCACCGAGACCCCCGUUCCAGUGCCAGUCCCCUCCCGAGAGGGUGGGGUGCGGAGGGGACCCCCGCAGGCCUUCCUGCUGAUCUGCUUCUCCAGCUCUUGACCCUGACCCCCUGCACAUCCCCGUGGGCAAGGCGUCCCCAGGCGACGUGUGCUUUCUGUGGAGACCGCUGUAGUCCUCAUCUUUUUUACUGGAUUCCAAACGUUUGUUUCCAACGGGUCCAUUGAAAAACAGAAUUCUUUAAGGAAAAUUUGGCGGUUGUCUGUACCUGUUCUAAUGUUUUGUCAAACACUUGCACCUGCUUCCAUGUAUUGAUGUGGAUAAUAUGAAAUAUCUUAUUUAAAUCAUUGCAUUGUUUCUGAGAAGCUGAGGAAUGACUGUCUACAUUUACAACUUAAUGACUUUUGUAUUUUAUUUUUCAAAAUAAAAGCUUUAAAUGUGAAGCACUGUA